UAGUCCAGAUGUUCAACAUUGUCUUAUCCCUUCACACAAAAUAAUGACUACCCAGCUUCAACAGAUGGUGGGAGGUUCCCUUUCUCUGGAACCUGCCCAUCUACAAGUUCUCGACUCUCGGUCGGGCGCGAGCAUCAAGGUCCCCAUCCACCCCGGCAAUUACAUUCAUGCCUCCGAUCUGAGCAAGAUCCAAUCCCCUGAACCGACCAAGAACAGCAGCGAUGUGGAUCUUCAUGCGCCUCGGUCCUUGCGGAUCUUGGACAAUGGGUUCGCCAACAUUGCGUGCAUGAAGUCCAGCGUGACCCUGGUAGAUGGCACGCGUGGGAUCAUCCGUUACCGUGAGGUUCCCAUUCAGCAACUAUUCCACGACUACGUCUAUGAAGAUGUCAUGCACCUUCUCAUCUGGGGCUCUUUGCCCUCGGCCAAGCAAAAGAUCGAUUUCCGCGCCGCUGUCGCCAAGCAGGCUGUGCCUCCCCAGUCGGUGGUGGAUGUGAUUGCCGCAUUCCCACGCGAGGCCGAAACCUUCACUAUGCUGAUGGCCGGACUGAGCGCCUUCGCCGCCUCUGAUGACCUCGUCCGCGCCUCCCAUCGCCAGAUCAAGCCCAUGUUCCACGGCAACCUUCCCGUCGCCGACGAGAUGAUCGUCCGUACCAUCGCCUACUACGCCACCACCGUUGCCCUGAUCUACUGCCACAAGCAGGGCAAAAGGUUCACUCCUCCACAGGCCCAUCGCUCCCUGAUCGGUAACCUCCUCUGGAUGAUGGGAAUCACCGACCCGCGGGUCGAAAAGUGCCUGGACAAGCUGUGGAUCCUGUACGCGGACCACGAGAUGACCAACUCGACGGCCGCCCUCCUGCACGCGGGCUCCUCCCUGGCCGACCCCAUCUCCGGCAUCAUCGCCGGAAUCGGCUCGGGGAUGGGGCCCCUGCACGGCGGGGCGAUCGACCUGGCCUAUGAGAUGCUGGAGAUGAUCGGCUCUGCGGAGAACGUGCCUGAGUUCAUCGAGGGGGUCAAGGCCUCCAAGACGCGGCUGUUCGGCUACGGUCACCGCGUGUACAAGACGCGCGACCCGCGCCUGUCGCUGAUCGAGGAGCUGAUGAACGAGCACAAGGACGCGAUCGACGCAAACCCCAUCCUCCGGAUUGCCAUGGCUGUGGAUCGCCAAGCGAACGAGGAUCAAUAUUUCGUCGAGCGGAACGUCAAGGCCAAUGCGGAUUUGAAGGGUUGUUUCCUGUACACUGCCAUGGGCUUUGAGACGAACAUGUUUGCCGCCAUCGUCGGUCUUUCCCGUGUGCCAGGUGGAUUGGCCCACUGGCGUGAGACUCAGAUUGCCCCGAUCAGGCUCUGGCGACCGCAGCAAGUGUAUGUCCCAUUCACCGAAGCUGAACCCAAGGCGAAACUAUGA